CAGCCCUGAAUGUUGAUGUUUCCUUUUUCGAAGGGCUUGGAGAAGAAAAAAAACUUGGAAGGGUUUUGAUCUUUGGAGGAGAGGUUAAAAAACAUGGCCGGUUUGACUUUACUUGGAGAAUACGGAUCUGAUUCUUCAGAGUCUGAAAAUAGUGAGUGUGAAAAUAGCCUCAAACGGCCUUUGACAGCAGCAUCCUGUGCCAGCUCUGAGUUGGAGCCUGGAUCCAAGAUCAUGAAACUACCUCUACCAUCAGUACUUUUCGGUCCGUUGGAAAUCCCCCAAGAUGUCCAAGAUGAUCCCAAUCUUCACCAGGGCCGCAUUCGGUCAUUUCCUCACGUCAAAGGCAAUUGGGCCACCUACGUCUAUGUUUCCGGUUUGGAAGGCACGCUGUCCGAUAUCGAGCUCCUUCAACACGACCUUCAAAUGGUUUGUGCGGAGCUCCCAAUCAAAUUGGAGCAGAUAGAAGAUCCUCAUUUGAGUCUGAGUCGAGUGGUGACGAUCAAGUAUGAUUGGAUUCAGCCUUUGAUGAGCUCCUUAAAGAGAUCACUCGCACCAUUCCCAAGAUUCAAAAUCAAGUUCAUGGACAUCUAUAUCCUCUUGAACGAGGAGAAGACUCGGACAUUUAUUUGCUUGGGAUUGGAUCAAUCCGAUCGGAUUCUCCGAGAUCUCGUGUCCGUGAUCGAUGCUAAUUUGGCCGAAUUCGACCUCCCAGCUUUCUACGCUCAACCCAAAUUUCAUAUCAGUCUUCUCUGGGCAUUAGGUGAUCAAACGCUGGCCUUCAAGGCCAGACUCCCAGCUUUGCGAGCCACGUUUAUCAGUUGGCUCGACACAUUGCCUUCAAAGGAUGUGCAAGUCAGCCAACUCAAGAGCAAAUCUGGGAACAAGAUCUUUAUGUUUCCCUUGGGAACGUCCUGAUUUAUCCCUCCAUGGUACAGAGGAAGAAGGAAAUUUCACUUAUUCAGACUGGCACUUGUAAUUGCAAGUCAGAAACGAAACUGUCCAGAAAUACUGUUGCAGGUUGUGUUGGAGUCGCCCUUGGACUUUCCAGAUUAUCUGGUGACAUGGAAUGCUACACCUCAAUUUAGAGUUGAUAUCGUAUAUGCCAGUACUCGCCACUUUUAAUUGUGAUGAACUAGAAACGAGUUUUUGUUACCAUAAUAUUGGCAUGAACAGUACAACAGGAUAUUGAAAUAGAACCAAAGACCAGAAAUUAA